UACCAGAAGAAGACAGAGCUCAUGAACAAAAGGACUUAGACUUGAGCCACAGUCUCCUUCCCACAGAGCGUGCCCUGGGUGUCCAGUGGUGCACAGAAACGGACAGUUUCAAAUUUCAGAUUAAGUUACAAAACAAGCCCGCUACAAGGCAUGGUAUUCUGUCUGUUGUUAGCUCAGUUUAUGAUCCACUUGGUUUUCUAGCACCCGCCCUACUGCCAGCAAAACUUAUUCUAAGAGACUUAUGCAAAGAGAAAUUUGGGUGGGACGAAGAAGUAGAAGCUAAACACAUUCAGAAAUGGAAAAAAAUGGAUGGAUGAUUUGCAGUUACUUACAGACUAUAAAGUGAACAGAUGCUUCAAACCUACCGGGUUUGGAACCAUAAAGACAGCACAAAUGCACCAUUUUGCAGAUGCUAGUGAAGAUGGAUAUGGCACUGUCACUUAUCUUGUCUUAACCAAUGAAGAGGGCAAAAAGCAUUGUUCAUUCCUGAUGGGCAAGUCAAGAGUUGCACCAUUGAAACAGGUCACGAUUCCAAGAUUGGAGCUGACAGCAGCCGUUGUGGCAGUUAAAAUGGACAAAAUGCUUAAAGGUGAGCUUCAAAUGCCCUUAGAAGAAUCUACAUUUUGGACUGACAGCACCACAGUGCUAAAAUACAUCUCAAAUGAAAGCACUCAGUUCAAGACCUUUGUUGCCAACAGAAUCUCCGUGAUCAGAGAUCAUUCACAGCCUUCACAGUGGAGGUAUGUCACAUCUGUCCUUAACCCGGCUGAUCAAGCAUCUAGAGGGCUAAGCAUAGAAAACUUUCUCAAAAGCACCACAUGGUCACAGGGUCCAAGUUUCUUAUUGAAGCCUGAAAAGGAGUGGCCAAAAAGACCAGAUCAACUGAAUGAUUCACUCAUUGAAGAUGAUCCAGAAGUUAAAAGUUGUACAGUUAACGUGACAAAAAUAGAGGAAGCAACAGAGCCCAUCAACAAACUAAUCACCUAUUUUUCAGAUUGGCAUCGCUUGAAGAAAGCAGUGGCUUGGUUCCUCAAAGUUGAGUUGGAUGAUGUUGUUGCCAUUUGGAACAGGCACCGUAUGAGAGCCAAUCCUUCAGCUAUCCUUCCCUGUGGGAAACCUUUUCUUUUGUAUACUCUUCCCGAAAUGUUUGGUUAUCAAGAUGAACUUGUUUUUGUUGAUCACCUAGAAACUGAAGUCUGUGAAGAGGAAAGCAUUCCAAAAAAUGAAUAUCCCUGUGAUCCAGAUAUACAUGAGCUGUGCUGUAUACUUAUGGAAGAGAAUGGCUUUAGCAUGCCAUCUGACCCUUUUGAUGCUGUAACACUCUACCAGGCACUUAAGACAAUAAUACAUAAUUUACUUUAG